UGUUUUCUUCCUCAACUCGCAUCACAUGUUGUGCGCUGCCUAUGGAUUUAUUGCUCCUCCCAAUCCUGUGAAAAUGGUGGUUCCGAACUAUCAUUGUUCCUCUGAAAAGGCGGAUGUAAUCGAGUUUAUGUGCAGUGCGCAGCUGUAUUUUUGCCAGGUUUUGCAGUUUCUUAACAAGGUCUCUUUUGGUUCUGCUCGGCUUCGGAUCUCCGCCGGCGAUGAGCUCUGAGGAGGUGAGGAUUUGCAUCGGAACGACGUCGUUUUUGUUCGUCGAGAACGGGAGCUCGUGGUGCUGAGUGAGUCAAAGCAAAGCAGCAGCUCGCUCGAGCCGCCUUUUUGACUCAGUCAAUUGUUGGCGGUGAAUAGGUGGUGCUUCUCGAGUGAUUGGGGAGGGAUCGUUGGAGAUUUUUCUGUUCUGCUAGAUUGGAGAUCCUUUUUGAUCUGAGUUUCGGUCUCGAUUGCAAGCGGAGGGGGAGGAGGAAGAGGAGGAGGUAGGGUUUCGACGGAGGAGUUGCAGUUGCGAUGAUCUAAGGCCUAGGCUAGGGUUUUCACUUUCGAUUUGUUUGGGGAAAUUGAAUAGUUCGCUAGGGAGAGUAUUUUUUGUUUUUUUCUCGAGGUUGAAGGUUGUGUGGGAAAGAUGAUGAUAUCUAGGGGUUUAUUCGGGUGGUCGCCGCCGCACAUACAACCGUUAACGCCGGUGUCGGAAGUAUCGGAGCCGCCAGAGUCUCCUUCGCCGUAUAUGGACACGGGGACAGGGGAAGCGGAGCCGGUGGAGGUGGAGGACGAGAUCGACGCCGAGGGGGAGGAGAUGGAGCCGCCGCCGGCUGCCGUGCCUUUCUCCGAGCUCUUUGCUUGCGCCGACCGCCUUGAUUGGGUUCUUAUGUUUGUAGGAUCUCUCGCCGCCGCCGCACACGGCACUGCUCUCGUUGUCUACUUGCAUUUCUUUGCCAAAAUCAUACAUCUGCUCCGCUUCCACCAUGGUGUGAACAUUGAUGAUGAUGAACUGUUUCGUAAGUUCACUGAGCUUGCUUUAUGCAUUGUUUACAUUGCUGGAGGAGUGUUUGUAUCAGCAUGGAUUGAGGUUUCUUGCUGGAUACUUACUGGGGAACGACAAACGGCUGUGAUACGGUCAAGAUAUGUUCAUGUUCUACUUAGUCAAGACAUGAGCUUUUUUGAUACUUAUGGGAAUAAUGGAGACAUUGUGAGCCAAGUGUUGAGCGAUGUGUUGCUCAUCCAAUCUGCUCUUAGCGAAAAGGUCGGCAACUACAUCCACAACAUGGCAACUUUCUUCAGUGGUCUAGUAAUUGGAUUUGUCAACUGUUGGCAGAUUGCUCUUAUUACCUUAGCCACUGGCCCCUUAAUUGUUGCUGCGGGAGGAGUAUCUAACAUCUUUCUUCAUAGGCUCGCUGAAAAUAUUCAAGAUGCCUAUGCUGAAGCAGCGAGUAUUGCCGAGCAGGCAGUUUCUUAUAUUAGAACUUUGUAUGCCUUUACCAAUGAAACCUUGGCAAAAUAUUCAUAUGCAACUUCACUUCAAGCUACACUUAGAUACGGCAUAUUAAUAAGUCUCGUUCAAGGGCUUGGACUUGGUUUCACAUACGGACUUGCAAUCUGUUCAUGUGCCUUACAACUUUGGGCAGGAAGGUCCCUUGUGAGGCACGGAAGAGCUCACGGGGGACAAAUAGUGACAGCCUUAUUUGCCGUUAUUUUGAGUGGCCUGGGGCUGAAUCAGGCUGCAACGAACUUCUAUUCUUUUGAACAAGGGAGAAUUGCUGCUUAUAGAUUGUUUGAGAUGAUAGCUCGGUCAUCUUCCAAUGAAAACGAUGAUGGCCUAACACUUCCGUCUGUUCAAGGAAAUAUUGAGUUUCGAAAUGUGUACUUCAGCUAUUUGUCUCGACCUGAAAUUCCUAUCUUGAGCGGGUUUUACCUCUCUGUGCCAGCUAAGAAAACUGUAGCACUUGUUGGCAGGAACGGUUCUGGGAAAAGUAGUAUUAUACCACUUAUGGAGCGGUUUUACGAUCCUACUUUAGGUGAAGUCCUUUUGGAUGGCGAAAAUAUUAAAAAUCUAAAGCUGGAAUGGCUGAGAAGUCAAAUCGGUUUAGUCACGCAGGAGCCGGCGUUGCUGAGUUUGAGCAUCAAAGAUAACAUUGCUUAUGGACGAAACGUCUCACUAGAGCAAAUUCAAGAAGCUGCAAAAAUAGCACAUGCUCAUACGUUCAUCAGUUCUCUCGAGAAAGGAUAUAAUACUCAGGUUGGUAGGGCUUUCCUAGAAAUGACGGAAGAACAGAAAAUCAAGCUUUCGAUUGCUAGGGCUGUGUUGUCGAAUCCAUCCAUUUUGCUUCUCGACGAAGUCACAGGUGGACUCGACUUUGAAGCUGAAAGAUCUGUUCAGGAGGCCCUGGAUCUCCUCAUGCUGGGCAGAUCAACCAUAAUAAUAGCAAGACGGCUAAGUCUUAUAAAAAAUGCCGAUUACAUAGCUGUGAUGGAGGAAGGUCAGCUCGUUGAAAUGGGUACGCAUGACGAACUAUUGAAUUUGGAUGGCCUAUACGCCGAACUCCUCAAGUGCGAGGAAGCUACAAAGCUACCGAGAAGGAUGCCGGUGAGAACCUACAAGGAAAGUGGAACUUUUCAAAUCGAGCGGGAUUCAUCCGCAAGUCGGAUAUUUCAAGAACCAUCUUCGCCCAGAAUGGCGAAGUCGCCGUCUCUCCAAAGAGCAGCUGCCCACCAUGGUUUCCGGCCCUCCGAUUUUCCAUUCAACUCGCAAGAAUCUCCUACGACUCUCAGCCCUCCUCCCGAAGAUCGGACUGAAAACGGAUCCAUGGAAAAUAGCAGCAACGAACCAGCGAUCAAGAGACAGGAUAGUUUCGAGAUGAGGCUGCCGGAGCUGCCGAAAAUUGACGUGCACUCUGCAAACCGACAAACAAGUGCAUCGGAUCCUGAAUCUCCUGUUUCCCCUCUUCUGACAUCCGAUCCUCAGAAUGAACGGUCGCAUUCGCAGACAUUCAGUCGACCGCCUAGCGAAUUCGACAGCGGGCUUAUAAUGAUGAAAGAAACGAAGGGGGACCAAGCUCAACGGGUGCCCCCCUUCUGGAGGCUUGUAGAGCUUAGCCUAGCAGAGUGGCUUUAUGCUGUUUUGGGAAGCAUCGGUGCUGCAAUCUUCGGCUCAUUCAAUCCCGUUCUCGCCUACGUCAUUGCACUCAUAGUUACGGCGUACUAUAGGUCGAAUGUCGACAGACAUUCCCACAACGAGAUAGACAAGUGGUGCUCGAUCAUUGCCGGGAUGGGAAUCGCCACGGUGAUUGCUAAUUUUCUGCAGCACUUCUAUUUCGGUAUAAUGGGGGAGAAGAUGACCGAACGUGUUCGUCGAAUGAUGUUUUCUGCAAUGCUUCGGAAUGAAGUUGGAUGGUUCGACGAGGAGGAAAACAGUGCCGAUAACUUAUCUAUGCGGUUGGCUAAUGAUGCUACCUUUGUGCGAGCUGCUUUCAGCAAUCGGCUUUCGAUAUUCAUACAAGACAGCGCAGCUGUCAUAGUCGCAGUUCUUAUUGGGAUGCUGCUGGGAUGGAAGUUAGCACUUGUGGCCUUGGCUACACUUCCCGUUCUUAUGGUAUCUGCCAUAGCUCAGAAAUUAUGGCUCGCCGGAUUUUCAAAAGGCAUCCAAGAGAUGCACAGGAAGGCAUCUCUGGUCUUGGAAGAUGCGGUUCGCAAUAUUUACACUGUUGUGGCGUUUUGUGCCGGGAACAAGGUGAUGGAGCUGUACAGAUUUCAACUCCGGAAAAUAUUCAAGAAAAGCUUUCUCCAAGGGAUGGCGAUCGGUUUUGCGUUCGGGUUUUCUCAGUUUCUUCUCUUUGCUUGCAACGCUCUUCUCCUUUGGUACACGGCCCUCUCCGUUAAGAACUCGCACAUGAAUUUGGCUACGGCUAUCAAAGAGUACAUGGUGUUUUCGUUCGCUACGUUUGCCCUGGUCGAGCCUUUUGGUUUGGCGCCGUACAUUCUUAAAAGAAGGAAGUCCUUGAGAUCAGUCUUUGAAAUAAUUGACCGAGUACCUAAGAUCGAGCCUGAUGAUAAUUCAGCUCUGAAACCCCCGAAUGUCUAUGGCAGCAUUGAGUUGAAGAACGUCGACUUUUCCUAUCCCACUCGGCCGGAGGUCCUGGUUCUAAGUAAUUUCAGUCUUAAGGUUAACGGCGGGCAGACAAUAGCGGUGGUUGGAGUUUCGGGGUCGGGAAAAAGCACGAUUAUAUCGUUGAUAGAAAGAUUCUACAACCCUCUAGCAGGGCAGAUAUUAUUGGACGGACGGGAUUUGAGUUCUUACAACCUGCGAUGGUUGAGGAACCACUUGGGUCUCGUUCAGCAGGAGCCGAUCAUAUUUUCGACAACUAUAAGGGAAAACAUUAUCUAUGCGAGGCAUAACGCUAGUGAAGCAGAGAUGAAGGAAGCUGCGAGGAUCGCUAACGCUCAUCAUUUCAUAAGCAGCUUGCCGCACGGUUACGACACCCACGUCGGGAUGAGGGGCGUCGAUUUAACGCCCGGUCAGAAGCAACGGAUUGCCAUUGCGCGGGUCGUUUUGAAGAAUGCCCCGAUUUUGUUGUUGGACGAGGCGAGCUCUUCAAUCGAAUCCGAGUCGAGCAGGGUAGUACAGGAAGCUCUAGACACUCUUGUUAUGGGGAACAAGACCACUAUUCUCAUAGCGCACCGGGCAGCUAUGAUGAGGCACGUCGACAGUAUCGUCGUGCUCAAUGGAGGACGGAUUGUGGAGGAAGGAUCUCAUGACUCAUUAAUGAGUAAGAACGGUUUGUAUGUGAGCUUGAUGCAGCCGCACUUUGGUAAGGGAAUGCGGCAACACAGACUAGUUUGA